AUGUACCACGUCGUACCUGUCACAAUAUUUCACUCACCGCGUCCCUCCAAUCUUUCUAAUUUACCGCCCUGCUGUCCCUGUACGAUCAAGCAUAACCCUGUGAGUCAAUCCGACGAUCUAUGGGGGUUUAUCCCACGAUCAGCGGUUACGGUUAAGGAGAAAUUGACGCAACCAGUCGACCCCAGCUAUAUCGGAGAUCACGCCAUCUGGCAAUGCCUCGAACAGUGGAUGGAGCCACCCGUUUGCGGUAAAGCUUUCUACUUUGAUACGCGUGGCGAUUUGACUCUGAAGGUUGGGGAUAGCGAAAAAGAUCAGCCGCGAAUGUACGAGUUGAUAGUUUGCUCGAGACCUCUCGCAAGCUGGUCUCCAGUCCUCCGUGCGAUGCUCUUCACUGGUUUAUCCGAGUCUCGGCCCAAGGGUGAGGCACCAUGA